AUGUUUGGCAGACUACCGGUCGAAUUGGUGGAACAAGCUGUCCAGGAACUUGACAAGAAGAGCCUCACCAAUUUGGUGCAAGUCAACAAAGAGUUUCGCAGAAUUGCCGAAAAGCAUCUAUACAAGAAGAUGGGCCCUAAACCUUCAGCAGCCACCCACCUCAAGAUAUUAAGAUUGUUGAGAUUCAUCCAUGAAUGA